UACUGGUUAUUCUCAGUCCUUGGGGAAAGAUGUGCUCUUUGGGUUUUGCCCGAUCUUUGGGUUUCGCCCUCAUCCCGUUGGCCAUCUGCUGCAUCGUGGCCAAUGGACUGCUCUUCUUUCCUAAUGGAGAGUUGGAUUUUGUGAAGAAGAAUCACCUGACCAAUUAUGUGUGGUACUUCAUGGGAGUAGGCGGUGGAGGGGUCACUGUAUUAAUAACUGCUUGUAUAUUUAUAAGCAUGGGAAAGUGUGCUGACUCCCAUGGAACAGAAAGCUGUGCGAUGGGCGGCUCUGUGGUGGCGUCUCUCAUUGGACUGGCCGGUUCUGGAUACUGCUUCAUCAUCUCAGCCUUGGCCAUGCUGGAGGGUCCGUAUUGCUAUACUACAGAUGGAUGGAGUUAUCCUUUCAUGCAUACUGGGCCAAAUUACCUGUUUGCUCCUGUAACCUGGUCUCGGUGUACACAACCGGAUCACAUCGUAGAGUGGAACGUGACGCUGUUGACCAUCUUGCUUGGCCUCAGCAGUAUUGAGUUCUUCAUCUGUUUUUUGCAGUUCAUUAGCGGACUGGUCAAUGCCGUGUGCAGGCCGUGCUGCUAUAAGCAGCAAUACAGCCUCAGUGCUUAAAAAGACGAGGGUUAACUAACUAGAAUGCACAAACAAAGUCGUGUUAUAGAGCAACGAGGCUGUUCAAACAGUCUGACUGAAUAAAGUGGGUUUUUUUUAGUGGUUUUGACCAAUGUUCCAUAAACACAUGUACUAGAUCAACCAUCUAUCAGCCUAACCACAUGAUCAACAUAAUAUAAAAUCCUUAUCUUGCACAUUUAACAGGCUAACAACUUAAUAAAGCACACUCCACUGAUUCUCUGUCCAAAAAUCAUCCGAAUAACGUUAGAAUUAAACAUUUUAGCACAGAUAGGUCCAUAAUGUAACACCAGUGGAAACGGUUCAGCUUAAAUUCAAACUAUUUUAAAUGUUUUAUCAAGUAUUAUGUUUUAGUACAGUUAAAGUGAGGUUACAUACAUUUGUGAGAAACAUACACUGACCAAGCACUUGUAAAAGUAUUGUAGCUUAUAAAAUAAUCAACAAUUGUACAUACCAGAUAGGUGUAAAAUGCUUGUGUGUGAACUAAGAGACAUGUAUGUCACUGCAAUUGUAAUAUUUUAAUGAUUUAACAUACUCACAUUAGAGCUGGGGUUACGAAUUAGGAUUUUAGAUACACCAAUCCUUAAUCUUAACCUGGUCAUGGUUACAGUAGUUAAUGGGUCCUUGGGGCACCACACCUUUACACAGUCUUAUACUUAGUCUUAUACUUAUUCAUGUAAUCUGUCCACCUUCUGCAAUGCAGUACUUUCAUGGGUAACCAAACAGCCCCAUGAGCACAAUCCUACCACCACCAUGAUGAACAGUAGGUACAGUAUUGUUGGGUUUUAAUGUCUCACCUUUUUUUGUCCAUGUGAUCGACAUUAGUACAACUUUAAGGUGCCAGUUCAAGAAGGAAUGGCAUCUUGCAUAGCGUCCUCUAAGCCCUCUAAGAGGUCCUGGCUUACAUUUAACCAUCUAAACAAAUGUUCUUUUUGCGUAAGUUGAAAGUUUGGGUUUUUAUUUGAAUAUAUAUUUUGUAUUUACACACAUUUGUUUGUGCAGAUCAUUUUGAGACCUGAAGUCUUAAACUAACUUAUGAAAAAAGUGCUUUUUUUUCAGAGAAAUUGUCAAUAACCACUGUCCAUUAUAAAGUUUUAACUUUACUUGUAUUUUUUCUUCAAAAUAUAUUUUGUUGAUGUGGUUUUUUUUCAUGAUUUAUGUUAUUUCUGUAUGUAAAAGUCAUUUGGAGAAAAAUACAUUUUUUUUUUUAAUCUGGAUGUUGGAUGUAGUAAAGUUUGUACUGUUUGAAAUAUAUGUUAUAUAUAUAUAAAAGAAAAGCUAUAAAAUUAUUCAUUUAUUUAUGUUUCAGGCUUGUUUUAUCCUGGUCAUGGUUGCAGUGGUUAAUGGGUCCUUAGGGCACCACACCUUCACACAGCCUUAUACAUAUGAGCAAUACAGAAUAUUUAGUCCACACCCGCAUGCUGGCUUGUUUCUGAGAGGCAGUAGGACAACAUAUUAGCUAAAACAAACACAAGAACAGGUGGAGAACAUACAAAACUCAACACAGUAACAUUCUAAAACCAUGGGCCUUCCUUUUUGGGCUAUAAGAGACCACUGAAGUCCACUACACCAAACUGGUCAAACUGUAUUUAGAUACAUAAAACGACUUGUUGUCACAAAGUUGGAAGAAUAUCAUAUAUUAACAUUACUAAUUUUAUAACUCAACAGUAAAAAGGACUGUCCACAUACUUUAGGUCGUAUGUAUACAUUUACUUCAAUGUUAUGUGUAAAAUGUUUUAUGUUGUGUGAAUGUGGUCCAGCUUUAAACUGGGAUUUGAUUGUAAUUAUCUGGUCACCAGUAAUGAUCCCUCUUUCACAAAGGCUUUUAUUCCUAAAACUGCUCUUACUAAAUGUCCAGGACCAGGUAUUUAGAAGACAAAUAUAUAAAUAUAUCACUUAGUUUAAAGGUACAGACACACAGUUAGACUUUGCUGCAUGACUGACAGACCAUAAGUGGAAUCAAGGAUUAAACUCAGGACCUUAGAACCCAUCAAGAUCAAUUCAAAUAGUUAUAUUUUUUGUCAGACCAUCAAGAUCCCUACAGAUGUGAUAAACAGAUAAAUGAAUGUUUCUUUAGCCGCAAUGUAUAAAGUUUGUAUGACCAAGAAUAAACAUUAAAACAGAACUUAGCACACAGACCCUAGUAAUUAAAUAAAGUUGUGAUGUUGAAGAUGUGAGUUUUCAUCGAUUUCAUUUCUGACAGGCAUUUAGCUCUGUAGUAUCUUAUAUUUAAAUUAAAACUUAACAACUUAAAUAAAAUAACUAGUAAGUAAAACUGAUCCUUAUAUGUUGUGUAGUUUUUUCAAAACACAGUAACUGUGUGACACUACUAUCAGUAACUGUAUUGAUUUUGGAAAAGAGCCGAAACAGACUUGUGUAAUUCUGGGAAACUCCAAAUCUGUGCAACGUUGGAAAAUGUUUAAAGAUCAGAUUAAUAAAAAUAAAAUAAUGACAUUUUAUCAGAGGGAAAACUUGGUACAUUAUUUUUUUCUGACAUGGUUGUAAACAGAUUGUCUGGUGCUCAGUUAAUUACCUGAAAUCUUUUAACCUGAUUGAUUUUUUCAUUAUUUCAGCUCAGUUCCUGUUUACCUAAUAGGAUUAACCAAAUAAUACAAGCCUUUAAACUGCAGUGAAUCUCUCAAAGAGUUUAUCAGAUCUAGUUUGUCAGGUCACUUGGUAUGGCUGAAUCUAUUAGCCAACCAUCCUAAUACCCUUGAAUGCCCAGUUGCUAUUGGCUGGCAGGGAUCCUUAGUUUACCUUUAUAAGCAACAAAACA